AGUUGUACUGUCAAUUUUUAGGUGGUAUUUGCUUGCUCGUCAAUUAAAAAAACAGCAAGUUUUACUCAAUAAAUGCUUCUGUAAAACUAAUUGCAAAUCUUGAACCUCUAAACUACCUACUAUUGUUUAUUGAUUUUUUACUUAAUAUACAUUUAGUAACACAUGUUCGGAUUUCCACCAUUGACAUGAAAUAAAAAGUGAUAUAGGUAUUUUAAGGAUUUACAUAAUUUCCCGAAGGUCGGAUGUAAGCCAGUUGUUUUAACAGGCCAAUUAUAAAGAUGUAAAACACGAGGCAAUGAAGCAUUAGUUAUGUCUAUAAAUUAUAAUGUCUGAAGGGCGACUCAUAGAACGUGGUUGCCUGAACGAUGGCAGCAUAAUCAUGCACAGUCAGACUCUGCCGGUCAGAUGGAAGGAAUUUGUAUGCGGCGGUGGGGCUGCCUUCUGCAAUAUCAUGAUCAGCUAUCCACUGAGCAAGCUCAUAUUCAGACAGAUGAUGCAUGGAGUGGAAACUACAUUUGCACUGAAUCAAUUGCAGAAAGAGGGCUUUGGGUACCUCUACCGUGGAAUGCUGCCUCCGUUGAUGCAAAGAACAAUGUCCAUGUCCCUAAUGUUUGGUGUCUAUGAUGGAUGUCUCACUCCUUUACUAGACCAGCAAAUCAAUAUGUAUGUAGCUAAAAUAGUGGCUGGAAUGGUUGCCGGCGGCUUUGAAGCAACACUCAUGCCCUUUGAAAGAAUACAAACUUUACUCAUACACCCAAAAUACCACCAGAAAUUUAAAAAUACAGUAGAUGCAGCCCAGCACAUUGCUAAAUACUAUGGAAUCAAAGAAUUUUAUAGAGGACUAGUACCAAUUUUAAUGAGAAAUGGACCUUCUAAUGCCUGUUUUUUUAUAAUCCGUGAUGAAAUAAAAUAUAGAAUGCCACAUCAAGAAAAUGUUUUCUACCAGUACGUACAAAAUUUCAUAGCCGGAGCUUCAAUAGGUGCAUUUCUCAGCACUUUAUUUUAUCCAUUGAAUGUAGUUAAAAUUGCGAUGCAGUGUGAGCUUGGCGGGCCUCACAGAUCAGUUUCUUAUGAAUUUAGGAACAUCCUGCAAAAGAGAGGCUCUAAUGUGGCAAAUUUCUACCAUGGAGCUCUCCUGAAUAUCUCACGGGCGUUUUUAAGUUGGGGUAUAAUAAACGCGUCGUACGAAAUAUUUAGAAAAAUAUUAUAUACCUAGUCAAGUCCAAUGUUACAUGUGUUAUGUGAAACAUUUUGUUAUUUAUUUUUAAUAUUAUUGCCUAUGGUGCUGAAGUGUGUGUACAUAAGGAUUACGAAAUGAGUAUUAUUUUGCACAGUUAUUGUUGUAACUAAAGGCAUUUAUGUAAAUAUGGUUACGAAUUACAAUCAAUUUUUACAACGUACCUAAAGAAUUUGUGAUAGUAUCUUUUUGAAUCGACGAUUCGGUAGUGCACGGAAACGCGCUGGGAAACAAAGUUACCGUGUACCCCGGGCCCGCUUAACAAUAGUUGUUUAGACAACACUUCUUGUGAACAUGUGUAACCAAUUCAUCAGGAAAAGUGUAUUGCAGUAUAAUUAGUGCAAUUAUUUUACCGGCUCAUUAUUUAUUCCAUUGUAAUUAUUGUCGUCUGUACAUUAAAAAAAUACUGUAAUAUUUGCAAUAGGAAAUAGGAGCAAUAAAAAAAAUAAAAAUCUAAAUAUA